CACACUGCUCGACAACCAACAAUUGCAUGGGUUUUUAAAAAGUUACAUUUAUUUAAUUGAAGCAUUACUCAGCCAAUUUCCAAGUGCCAAGGUAGGGUCAAGGGUCAAUGCAACAUCAGCCACAGAGGUUGAGCCCAAAAACAAUCAUCACAACAGCUGUUCUGCCGCUGGCAAUCCGAAUGCAAAACUGGCACACACUGGGAGCAGCAUGCGCCGCAAUAACUAUCCAUAUCAGCCCCUGAACCAGCAGCCAUCGGGAUCGGGCGCUGCUCCGGCGAGUCAUGAUUCCCUGGAGGCGGAAAAUGAGCUGGCCGCCGAGGAGCUUAAACAGAAAAUUGGAGCACUGAAAUCGCUAACCAUCGAUAUAGGCAAUGAGGUGCGCUACCAGGAUAAGUUACUGCGCGGAAUCGACGAUGAUAUGGAUCGGACAAGUGGUUUUCUGGGCAACACCAUGACCCGGGUGUUGCGCUUGGCCAAACAAGGCGGUGGUGCUCGCCAGAUGUGCUACAUGUUCCUCUUUGUCCUUGUCGUAUUCUUGAUCCUCUGGCUGACCCUUAAGUUUAAGUAGUGGUAUAUAAUUUGUGUAAAAUAUAAUGUGUACCAACAAACUUUUAGUUUGUUUAGUGAAGAAGAA